AUGUUGACCAGAUUUUCUCGUUCAUUUGUGCCGAAUGGUGUUUCAUCAUCAUUGAUUAGAUAUCGACCAUUGUCCAUCUCAAAUAUAUUUUUUCAAGGUGCUAAAACUAAAGACGAAAAAGUGUUACGUGUUGAAGAUUCAUUAAAAGAUUUAUCAUCAGUUAAAUGGAGAACUGAUUAUAAUGGAAAACGUUUAUGGCCACAUGAUCAAUGGCCUGAACGUGAUUUAGUUAAUUAUCCACUAUAUAAACUUCGUGAAGCACCAAAUCCAGUUCGUUGGUAUUGUGUACCUGAAUCAUAG